AUGUCAGCACCCACAACCAGGCGCAAUCGAGCCCUCGCCUCAUGUGAACCUUGCCGAGAGAGGAAAACUCGAUGCGAUCACGGCAGACCAGUCUGUGCCUCCUGCCGGCGUCGUGGCUUCGACUCUCGGUGCUACUACCAUCCUGCCCCCCUGACUAAACAUCGAAGUGCAAGUGCACAAAGACUGGCCGUGCCUACGCCAUCCCAACCAACCAUUGCUGCACCACCAUGGAGCAGGACCAGUGCAAAAUAUCCCGGACGCUCUGCGGCUGGACCGCCCAAAUUCCACACAUGGCCUUUUAUGUCGACCGUCUCGGACAGUGGGACCCUGCCAGACACUCCCUUGCCGGGCUCGCAUGACAGCAAGGCCUAUGAGGCCCACCUAGCCACCAUGAAGGAGAUUGUGUCUCAGUUGAGAUACCUUCCUGUCAUUGAAAAGUGUCUCCAUCAGUACUACUCUGCUAAGCAUAACUCACUUGUACCGAAACCAGUCGUUCUGCACCUUCUCAAAGCGCUCCGUAAAGAUCUAGUAUCGUCGGGCUAUAUCCUUGGAGAAACGGGAGAUCGCGUUGAGUUGGGCGAUAUUUCGCGGUUAUCAGAAUCUGUACUGCUCUCUUCCUCUACAGAGGUUAUCAUCACCGCAUCCUUGGACCUGCAUGGUUUCUUAGCCUUGUUCUGUGGCCCGAAUCUUCGAGUCGAGACUCUCGGUCUUUUGUAUACUAUGGCUGCCCGUGCUUCGGCUUUUUUCGUUGACCGCGACGAGGGUAAGGAUGCCGGAUUUGUCCCAGACAUGGUUUGGUAUAGCACGGUGACCUUACGACUAGCUCGGGACCUUGCACCCCAGUCAAACGACGUCAUUAUAUGGUUGGCGAAUGAAAAUGGACAGCUCAGGUCAUUCCUUGAAGGAGAUACGAGCCUCGGUGUGUGGCGUCUGGUGGGCGAUCUCUCGACCGAUUUAUUGGCUCUGGGCUUGAACAGGGAAGCGACAUAUUCCCCUGAAAGAACCCCGUUCUUCCUUGCAGAGUGCCGGAGGAGGUGCUUUGUGACUGAAUAUUACCUGGAGAAGAUGUUUGGCCUGAUGUUCAAUCUACCUCCUCGCAUGACCUCUCGAUAUGUGGACGUCAAGCUCCCCCUUGAUUUGUCAGAUGACGAACUUUUUGCCCAAACUCCCCAGGAACUAGAGGAUGCAAAAAGUCGACUCACAGAAGAUGGCUGGAACACAGAUGGGAACCUUAGGGCAGCAACCUGGGCUCGAUUGCGCUAUAUUCUGAGUCAGUUUCGGGAAGGAAUUGUGGAAUAUCAUUUUCAAGCAUCACAGGCAGCUGACCCUGCCCAGCUCAGAGAAUUGUCUUCUCGAUGUCGGCAGACGUGGGAUAACCUGCUUCCCCACCUAAGGUAUACUCAGGACUGUUGGGAAUCCGACAUGCCCCUGAGCACUUGUUAUAUGCACGCGAAGGUUCAUCUAGCCUAUCUCCAAAUCCAUUUCCAGAUAUACCACCUUCUUGGGGAGAAUAGCUCAACUCCGCUUCCCGAGCUGCUGGACGUGUCUGCAAACAUUCUGGAGACAGUGGUUCAGAUGGGAAAUACCCGCGGAAAGGGCGCCUUUACCUUGCAUGAUCUACCUGAAAUCCUUCUGGCCUGCGGCUUGCCGUCUGCCGCAGUCCUCCUAACUACACUAGAGAACAAUACGCAAGAUACUUCAAGUACCCUUCCGCCUGGCAUAAAGACAUCAGCCGUGAUUCGCAAUGUUUCCGUCCUUACGUCGCAACUCGAAAGGGUGGCUAGUUCGCGGGAAAGAAAUCAAGCCUUCUGCUUGCAGGCGGCAAAGGCCAUCACGAAGAAAUUGGACAAGAUUUUGGACAAGCUUGCGACGUCAGAGUUUCAGGCUCGGACAGUUCCUGAUGUUGCGACAAGCGUUGACGUAAUGGGCUCGAUGCCGACUCCGACCCCUGAUCUUGACACUUCCCUCACUGGUGGAGGGGGUGCUGGAGAUGGGGAUGGGGAGAUUGGUGCUUUUAAUCUGGACGACUACGAGAAUCUCGAUCUAAUGUCUUGGGCAAUCGAUUUUGACCUUGGAAACACGGCCAGCGACUGGACAAUGAUGUAA